GUUACGCAACAAUGAGUGGCAAAGUGUAUUUUGUGUUUAUCAUUUCAGUUUUGUUUACAGCAAAUGCUCUUCUAGGACAAUUUGGAAAAAUUAGGAAACGUAAGAACUUCCGGAAUGUGCAAAACAACACGGUGGAGGUGGAUGACCUAGCUAUGUAUUAUACUCGUAGAACGACUCCUUUUCCACGGCUUCGAGUAACUGUGGAUCCUAGCAUUGAGGCUUACUACCAAAGAAAGCACAGAAAAGAGGAGUUGAUAAAGAGGGCUUAUUUUGAAAAAGCUAAAAAACAAAAACGGAACAAGCAAAAUCCAAUCGAGAAGAACAAAGAUCCAUCCUUACAAACUGCUCCGGCCUUGGACUAAAACUCGAAGAGAGAAUUUAAAUCAUCAACCUUCAACUAUCUAGGA